UGGGAAAGUCCAUCCCCAUCGAAACAGCGAAUUCUUGUUUUGAAUUUAUAACGUUGACGAGUCCAAGUCUAAGCGUGUGGGAACGUUGUUCAACACUGAAAGGGAAAGUAGAACAAUAUUUCACCACAGGAUCCUUCUGUUUUUCUCGUGUUAGAAGAUUAAAAAUUUGCAUUGAUUUGACAUCAAAUUGACUUUGAAUUUCAUUGUAAACAAUGGCUCUAUACUUCUUCUCCUCAAAUUGUAUUUUGGGAUUUUCUGUUGUUGUGUUGCUCAGCGGCGGGUUCCAUGGCGAAGAGAAGCCGAGCGGCUCGAAUUUAGUGGGCGGGAGGGUCAAUUUCUAGCGGGCUUUGGCGGCAGGAGGGAGGGGAAAAUGAAAGCAGAGUAAUGAGGAGGAGUUAUUCGUCCACGGUCAUAUGGUGGCAAUUGCUGCCGCUUCUUCUUUUUCUUUCUCUGCAUCUUCUGCCGCAGAGAGCUUUGGCCGAUGACGAAGGUGAUGCUUUGCUUAGACUUAAGUCUAACUUACUGGACCCAAAGAACAUUUUGCAGAGUUGGGAUCAAAAUCUUGCCAGUCCAUGUACAUGGUUUCAUGUUACAUGUAACAGUGAAAACAGUGUCACACGAGUGGAUCUGGGAAACUCAAACCUUGGUGGUAAAUUGGUUCCUGAGCUUGGUCAGCUGCAUAAUCUGCAAUACUUGGAGCUUUAUGGCAAUACCAUAAGCGGGGAUAUCCCUAAAGAAUUGGGUGACUUGAAGAAUCUUUUGAGCCUGGAUCUGUACCAGAAUAACAUUACUGGCUCCAUACCUCCUACUUUAGGAAGUAUGACAAGUUUACGCGUGCUCCGGCUAAAUAACAAUCACCUCACAAAAGAGGUCCCUAUGAAUCUUUCAUCUAUCAAAGGUCUCCAAAUCCUGGACCUUUCUAAUAAUAAUCUCUCGGGCAAUGUUCCAUUAAUUGGAUCUUUCUCUUCGUUCACUCCUAUCAGUUUUGCUAAUAAUACAAAACUUUGUGGUCCGGUGGUUGGAGUGCGAUGUGAUAAUGGGUCACCAUAUUCUCCUCCACCAUAUGUGUCACCCCCACCAGAAAAGAAAAAGAACAAAAUUCGUCCAAAAGCUAUUGCUGGAGGGGCAUCUGCAGGUGCUGCUCUCUUGUGUGUUGUUGCUGUGAUUGUAUUUGCACAAUGGCGUCAGCAUAAGUCACAUGAUCGCUUUUUUGAUGUUCCUGGUGAGGAGAAUCCAAAAAUUCACUUGGGGCAGCUUAAGAGAUUUUCAUUAAGGGAAUUACAGGUUGCUUCUGAUGAUUUUAGCAGUAAGAACAUACUAGGAAGUGGUGGAUUUGGAAAGGUGUACAAAGGACGCCUUUCCAACGGUAGCCUAGUGGCUAUAAAACGUUUGAAGGAAGGACGCACUCCAGGUGGAGAGUUGCAAUUUCAGACAGAAAUGGAGAUGAUUAGCAGGGCAGUGCAUAGGAAUCUCCUUCGGCUACUUGGUUUCUGCAUGACUCCUACUGAACGCCUGCUUGUUUAUCCCUUCAUGGAAAAUGGAAGUGUUGCAUCAUGCAUACAAGGGAAAAAAGAAAAUGAGGCAACACUUGACUGGACUACGCGUUGGCACAUUGCAUUGGGUUCUGCAAGAGGUCUUUCUUACUUACACGAGCAGUGUGAUCCUAAGAUUAUUCACCGAGAUGUUAAAGCUGCUAAUAUCUUACUAGAUAAAGACUUUGAGGCAGUGGUGGGGGAUUUUGGGCUAGCAAAACUUAUGGAUUACAAGGAUACUCAUGUUACAACAGUUGUUCGUGGCACGAUUGGCCACAUAGCACCUGAGUACAUUUCUACUGGAAAAUCUUCAGAGAAGACAGAUGUAUAUGGAUAUGGAAUUAUGUUGCUGGAACUUAUCACUGGACAAAGAGCCUUUGAUCUUGCACGUCUAGCAGAUAAUGAUGAUGUUAUGUUGUUGGACUGGGUUAAAGCCAAGCUCGCAAAUGAAAGAAUUGAUUUGCUGGUCAGUCCUGAUCUCAAGAACAACUAUAUUGAAGAAGAGGUUAAACGACUUUUUCAACUUGCUCUACUCUGCACACAAGUUUCACCAGGGGAUAGACCAAAGAUGUCAGAAGUUGUUCAAAUGUUGGAAGAUGAUGGCAUAGCCAGGAGAUGGGAAGAGUGGCAAAGGACUGAAGUUCAAAGUCAAGUGUCUGAACUUGCCAGCCGUCUAAAUUCAGAAUUGAUGUUUGACUCAUCAUGUAACCUUCCUGCAGAUGAAUUAUCUGGUCCGAGAUAAUCAUUUUGAAUUAUUUAUUAGCUUAUUUCAUCUUUUAAAAUUUUAUGAUCAAUUAAUAUUGAAGGAGUUCCAAUCUGUUAAAGAAGAGAAUAUUGUUGCAAUAUUUAUGAUGCCCCCGUUAGGGCCAUAUCAUGAGAAUCACUUGAAGCAGCAACCAAAUGUAAAAAAUCAUUACCAUAACUGUAAGUACAAUCUGUGUCUUUAUAUAUUCAGGAACAUAUACUGUUCAUUGUCAAUGCA